AUCUUUCGUCAAACCUUCGCUGGUGGAAAAUCGGUCUUGGUGUUUCGCUGGCAGGAAUUGUUGCUCUGACCGUGGUUCUGAUCGUGGUCAAUCUUUUAGCGUACCCAGAAUCAUCACAGAUGAACUCGCAUGCAGUGCUGUUCCCUGCACGUUUAUGUGGCUCCAAGGAUAACAGCGUCUUACAGAGUCUCCAUCAGCUCCCAAAAUACAAUUCAUGCAUGUCUAGUGAGGCCUCUUGUGCAGCUGUUCCUUCUGAAAUCUGCAUAGACGUCCCAAAGAGCCCCUUAAACGCUGUGGUAAAUCAAACUGCCAUCAUUCCGGUCAAAAUUCAAGUCCCAAAGACUGACUGGGAUUUCAUCGAGGUCCUCUGGCACCAUGCCCAAGGCACUCCAGACGACUCCAUUCUGAAAUAUGGCUUGAGGUCAUGCAGUCCAAAGAGCAAACCGCAGCUGUGGUGGAAGCGUGAUUGCCGCCUCUUUUUAGAGGUGAUGCCAGCCCACCGGUCGAAGAUGUCGGCCAUGAUGAAUGCUUGGCUAAUCAUCUGGAAUGUAGAGGAGAAACACACUGGAAGAUACCAAGUGAACGUCAAAUCUAACAACAUGAAAGAGGCAUGUAGUUUUGUGGAGCUGAGAGUGACAGAAGCAAAGGCAUAAGAAUGGAUGGGCAGAAUCCAAACCAAAAGCAACAACGACUUCCUUUGGUAUCUGUGGACAAAAUCUGACAGAAGAUAAACAUCUUUGCUGUGUAGGCAAGAGAGAAGAGCGGGUGUGGUCGAGUGACCGAUGAUCUUGGGUCUGACUCUGAAAUCAUGGCUGAGCUCAAGAAGACCUCUGCUCCUUUUUUUUUUUGGUUGAGUGGCUUGUUUUUAAUGUUGGUCAUUUAUGGAUUUUUACUUGUGAGGUCCCUCAAGCAGUUCUCCCAACAGGCAACAGGGAAGUCUCUAAAUACAGAAAUAAUCCUUAUGAUCCUUCCAUCUCUUAGCCUCGGUUCGUUUCCUGUAAAAACAUUUCCUGUAAAAAAAACACCACAAGAACAAUAGAUAUAGUAUAUAACACAGAAUGAGGAAAAUAAGCCACCAUGCUUAGGCUGACAACAAUAAACUAGCUCCAGGCUUUUAGUUCACCUUUAAUAUAAUACUCAAAGUGCAAGUAAUGUGAAGUUAGUGCAAAUACACAAAGCUCCCACCCAAAAUAUAUAAACAUGUUACUGAUCCAAGGAAGCUCCAAAUACAUAAAGCAUAAAUGUGUGUGUGUGUGUGUGUGUGUGUGUGUGUGUGUGUAUCUCAAGCAGUCAUGACAGUAAUGCAGUAUUCAUAGUCUUAAAGUGGCAAUGCAUUAAUUCCAGAAUCACCCAGUAUUAAAUGACAGCCACCACUUUUCAGUUCCAAAUAUGAUGCUUCAU